CUAUUUGUGUGGGUGUGAAGGAAAUGGCAGCGGCGACUAUUUCUAUUGAACAAGACCAGUUUUGCUGCUCGGUGUGCCUGGAGGUUUUGAGGGACCCCGUGACGAUCCCGUGUGGACACAGCUACUGUCUGGGCUGCAUCGAGGACUACUGGGAUAGGGCCAAGCAGAAGGGCCAGCCCAGCUGCCCCCAGUGCAGGCAGCUGUUCCAUCCGAGACCCCUGCUGAGCAGAAACACGGUCCUGGGCGAAGUGCUGGAGAAGUUUCAGCAGACUGCCCUUCAAGCCCAGCACUCGACCAGACCCGGCGAGGGGAAAUGCAGCGUUUGUACAAGGGGAAGGAGCAGAGGGGUCAAAUCCGGCCCGGUGCGCCCGGACUCGCUCUGUGCGGCUCACCUGAGAGUCCACGAGGAACGCGGUCACGGAAAGCACCACAAAGCGGUCCCGUCCUCGGGUCAGCCGAGAGAGAAGCUGUGUCCGCAGCACGACAAACCGCUGGGGCUGUACUGCCGCACCGACCAGCAGAGUGUGUGCUCCAGGUGUGUGAAAGGGAGACACAGCGGCCAUGAUGCAGUCCCGCUGGCGGACGAGAGGACGGCACAACAGAAAAAACUCCAAGAAGCCUCCCUGAAGUCUGCGCAGAGAUUGAAGGACGCGGAGAAGGAGCUUAGAUACAUCAUCAGAAACGUUAAGCACUCCACAGACGCAGCGGUGGAGGAGAGCGAGAGGAUUUUCUCCAGGCUGAUCCGCUCCAUGGAGAAACAGAGCUGCGAGGUGAAGGAGCUGAUCCGGCUGCAGGAGAGAGCGGCCGUCAGUCACGCCGAGGAGCUGCUGGAGAAGUUGCAGAGGGAGAUAUCGGAGCUGAGGAGGACGGACGCCGAGCUGGAGAAGCUGUGCCGCGCUGAGGAUCACCUCCACUUCAUCCAGAAGUCCAAGUCUUUUAAUUUCCCGACAACGGCCUUGGAGAUGCCCAACACUGACGCACCAACAUAUUUAAUGUACAAAACCACGAGAGAAGCUCUGGCCAGGCUGAAGGAAAGCGUGGACGAGACACUGGAAAGAGAAUUCAACAGAAUCUCCGAAAAGGUAAAUUCACUGAAGGAAAUCUGCAAUCAAAGAACCUCUGAAAAGACCAAAGCAACAAAUGCCGACACAGCAUUGAACUCAGAACCGAAGACGAGAGACGAUUUCCUACAAUAUUACAACGACAUAAGUCUGGAUCCAAACACAGCCAAUCCUUAUCUGUGCUUCUCUGACGGUCGGAGAGGCGUGAGCACACGUUCGGAGCCGCAGCCCUACCCGGACCACCCGGACCGCUUCACCAGCUGGGCCCAGGUGCUGUGCAGAGCCGGGAUGGCCGGCCGCUGCUACUGGGAGGUAGAGUGGGCUGGAAAAGGUGGCGUCUCCGUCGGCGUCUGCUACAAAAGCAUGAGCAGAGGCGGAGGAGGGAGCGACAGCAAGCUGGGGCACAACGCCAAGUCCUGGAGCCUGGACUGCUCUCACUCGGCCUGCUCGUUUCAGCACAACAAGGAGAGCGUGAGCAUCGCCGCCGCCGGCUGCAGCAGGAUCGGAGUGUAUCUGGACCUCAGAGGUGGGACCAUGUCUUUCUACGAUGUUUCUGAUACGAUGGUUUUACUUCACACAGUAAAGGCCACAUUCACCCAGCCGGUAUACCCAGGGUUCUGGGUGGGAUUAGGUUCAACUCUGAAUCUGUGUUCUCCUUAACGGAUUAGCUUUUCACUGAGAAUAAUAAUGAAACGGAAGUCAGAUGUUUGUGCUCAAAGCUGAGAUUUAAUGACCGUGUAAGCCAGGAGCAGCAGCAACACUUUGGUGGUGAAGGUGAAGAACUGGCGGAGCUUAGAUCUUAUUGAAGGCAGCGACAUCUACACUCUGGAUCUGCAGAAGACGAAAACACAACAACAAAUAGGUCAAGGUGUAUAUGUAUUUAAAAUUAUUUAUAUUGUCUUGUGAUUCAUUGUAAAUUAAAUAAAGCAUUUAAUGUUA